UCCGUUUUAUCUGAUGGCUUCACAGCAGGCUGGAAGAUCCCUGCGCAUAGCAAAACUGUGGUGCAUUAACAAGAUGUGACCGGCCCCAUGGACGGAACAAUAGAGGAAACCCUCCUCCACCUUAUCCAGUAGCCGGGGGCACGUUCUCAUGCCCAGGUAGUGAUGUGGAUCACGGUGGGCAUAGUGUGCUGCCUCGCAUUUGGGGGGCUGCCGUCGGCUCUGGGGUCGUGCCCGUCCCAAUGCAGCUGCACGUUCAGCAGCAUCAACGAAGGAACGAAAGCCAGAGCUGUUCUGUGCAAUGAUCCCGAGAUGACCCUCACACCGGUGAACUUCCCAGUGGAUACAUUUAAGCUCCGCAUAGAAAAGACUGCCAUUCGAAGGGUGCCCGGGGAGUCUUUCCACUCGCUCCGCAGCUUGGAAUUCCUCUGGAUGCCCUAUAACUCUCUGGCAAGCCUCAGCGUGACGAACUUUCGGGGCCUUCGAAGGCUGCGUGAACUGAGAUUGGCGGGGAAUGUCCUCACUUCCUUCCCUUGGGACGCCCUGCUGAGCAUGCCCCAGCUGCGGCUGCUGGAUCUCCAUAACAACGAACUGGCCUCGAUCCCAGCCGAAGCGGCCCAGUACGUCAAGAACCUCACUUACGUUGAUCUUUCGAGCAACAAGCUGACCACGCUCCCUCAAACUGUUAUUGCCGUCUGGUCGAGCCUCCAGACUCUUCCCUACUUUCCCAAUGACAAUCCCAAGAUCAUUUUAGGUUUACAGGACAAUCCUUGGACAUGUGACUGCAGUCUGUACGAAAUGGUUCACUUCCUCAAUUUCCAGUCGCCCAACACGGCAUUCAUUGAGCCCCGGCUGAAAUGCUUCAACCCGCGGAGUCUGGCUGGCAUCUUCUUCAGUCAAGUCGAGCUACGGAAGUGCCAGAGCCCCAUCGUGCACACCUCAGUGGCCAAAGUGAAGACCAUCUUGGGGAGCACCGUGCUCCUCCGGUGUGGGACCACUGGGGUCCCAGUUCCUGAGCUUAGCUGGAGGAGAGCUGAUGGGAAUCCACUAAAUGGAACUGUACACCAAGAAAUUUCCAGCGAUGGAAUGAGCUGGUCGAUUUUAGGUUUGCCCGUCGUCUCUUACCUCGAUUCCGGAGAAUAUAUCUGCAAAGCAAAAAACGUCCUCGGCGCCACAGAAGCAUUCAUUUCCCUGAUCAUCACCGACUCCGAAAGCACCGACAACCCCAGUGGAAAUGCGAAAGGAACGUGGCAGGGGAAAAUGAGCGGGAUGGAGGCGGCCGCUUACAAUGACAACUUGGUCGCAAAAUACGUCAUCACGACCUCCACGUCGCCCACCUUGGGCGCCAAAUCGAUCCGGGCCAACACAGACGGAAACCUGGCGCUUCAAGACCAAGCCCUGAAUAUAAUCAACCAACCCAGAAAUCUCUUUGCAAACCCACCCGCUGGCCAGGAAGAGCCCGAACGCGUGGUGCGCUCUGUCCGAGUGGUAGCGGACACGGACCACGGUGUCACGCUAGCAUGGAAAGCUCCUCUGGCCAAUGAUACUACAGUGUUCAACGUUCUCUAUGCUGUCUUUGGAGAAAGGGACAUGCGUAGAAUCAGCGUGGAACCAGGAAAGACGAAGAUCACCAUCAACGACUUGAAGCCCGAAACCAAAUAUAUUGUCUGCGUCUGUGUGAAAGGGCUGAUUCCCAAGAAGGAGCAGUGCAUUAUAUUUUCCACGGAUGAAGUUGCCAGCGCUGGGGGAACCCAAAAACUUAUCAACGUGGUGGUCAUCAGCGUGGCUUGUGUCAUUGCAGUCCCGCUGACCUUGGUGGUCUGCUGUGGUGCCCUGAAGAGGCGGUGUAAAAAAAUUUUCAUCCGGAAACCCAAGGAAAUUCAGGACUCCUACGUCACUUUUGAAAGCCUGUCUCCGGGAGCCAAAGGAAUGGAAGGCGGAUAUUUGACAAGGCACACGCCCGACGAAUCAAACCGGUUGCUCUCCGCCCGGUCCAGCGUGGACUCAGAAGCACUUGCGAAGACAGAAGGUCAGCCCAACGAGUACUUCUGCUGAUACGGAUGGACAAACAAAUGGACUUUGGCUGGGAGAUUUGCACAUCCCAUAAUGCUGGAGACGCUCUCAUCAUGAGUCUCCCAACGUUUUUGGCAAAUGGACAUGAAAAGACUAUGUACAGCCAUCUAUUGUCGAAUACUUUCAUGGCCAGAAUCAACUGGCUGUUGUGGGUUUUCCGGGCUGCGUGGCCAUGGUCUGGUAGUCUUGGCUCCUAACGUUUCACUCACAUCUAUGGCUGGCAUCUUCAGAGGCAUGUCACGGUAAGAUGCGCUUCUCGCCGUGGCACAGUGUAGAGUGUUUUGCACAGUUGUGCGUCCAUUUCUUCCACCUCUCCAUACUGUGUCACGGAAAGACACACACCUCACUAUGACAUGCCUCUGGAGAUAGCAGCCAUAGAUGCGAGUGAAAUGUUAGGAGCUGAAACUAUGAGACCACCACCACGACAAACCCACAACGGCCACUAGGUACAGCUUUACUAGGAUUUUUCUCACCUGAGAAAAAUUGCACGGUGCAUCUGAAGCUAUCAUGAAAAGCUUUUUUUUUUCAAUUUGUAAAAAAUUGUGUCAUAUUGUACAGGAAAUCUUAGUACCUGAAUCCGAAAAGGUGGGGGAGGAGAGAAGGUUGCUGUCACACUUGACUGCACCCAGGGGUGUUGGUUACCGCCGUUUAAUGGGAACAGACAGUGCAGAGUGAGCUUACUUUCAGUUCUGGGGAAAAGCAGUCCAGAGCCCGUUGUACACGCUGAGCAAAGACAGGUUGGUCAGUCUGGGCCGGGGUCACAACACCAAAUGUUCAGUCCUAAAGAAGGUGCCGCAGAAACUGUCAGGCUGUUUCAACAAAGUUGCUCUUGCAACACUCGCUGCUUGCAGCUGCCUCUUAUAACCCUGCAUUCCUGCUCAGUCUGAGUCCUGGGCUGAUUUGCAGUCAUCUCUUCAGCAUCUCUGGGCUUCCAAAUGGGCGCUGCAUCUUUUAGCAUGCAGUGCCUCAUGGCCCUGCUGUCUGAGCUGCCUCGCAGAAUCAGGUGGGCUGGGGGAACUGUUUGUCCUGUCCUCCUGCUCUUGGCUUGGGCCAGCACUGUCCUCCACCUGUGUGACUGCUGGCUGCUCACAGGACUCAGUCAACUGCGGCUCUGGAAAUUCAGCCAACUGAGACUCUGAUGGAGCCAGGUCAUCAUGCCAGCAUUCCUCAUCUCAGGAAUCCUGGCUGGUUGCUGGGGAGCCCACGACAGUUGCUACCUGCCUGGAGGGGGAAAAAGAGCUGUCCCUUGAUUGGAUGAUUUUUACCAGGUGAUGAUAUUUACCCGAAGCUAUCCAUUUCCACACAUUAUGCCUCUAUUCAAGGGAAAGGGGAUUUUAUGCCAGGAGGCUUAUGUUCUUAAGACUUGCUUGCUGAAGUCAGUGGCAUAGCGCCCAUGG